UUGUGUUUGUCAUCAUCUGUCUUGUGCAGUCACUCCCUCUCUGUCUGGAGCACAUUUACAUCAGCGCUUAUUCAAUACUGACUGCAUUUUUGACGUUUCUUAUCCCAUUCACCGGAUAUUGGAAAGUAUGCAUUUUGUCUUUGUCCCUCGGUAAUGCAAGAUUUGUGUGUCGCUGCUGGGGUGAUGGAGAGGCGGUGUGUGUCAGAGCGGGGCGGCUAGAGGCCCAGCACAACCCCGCGCUGGAUUUACAGCUCCGACCGAGCGAGAGAACACCAAUAGCGGAUUACUGCACAUCAACCCUCCGGUAUAGACCCAUACUAGUUGCACCCAUAAAUGAGAAAAAGAGGUUGGCGAUUUGUUUCAAUAUUCAAGAUUGUGAGGACUACAAACCAUGCCUCCAAGGCCAUCCUCAGGAGAACUAUGGGGCAUCCAUUUGAUGCCACCCAGAAUUCAGGUGGACUGUUUGCUGCCCAAUGGCAUCAUCCUGACGCUGGAAUGCCUCCGGGAGGCCACGCUUAUCACAAUCAAACAUGAACUAUUUAAGGAGGCGAGGAAGUGCCCUCUCCACCACCUGCUGCAGGAGGAGACCUCGUAUAUUUUCGUCAGCGUAACGCAAGAGGCGGAGCGUGAGGAGUUCUACGAUGAAACGAGAAGACUUUGUGAUCUUCGGUUAUUCCAGCCCUUCCUGAAGGUCAUUGAGCCUGUAGGAAACAGAGAGGAGAAAAUCCUCAAUAGAGAAAUCGGUUUUGCCAUUGGCAUGCCAGUGUGUGAGUUUGAUCUAGUGAAGGAUCCUGAGGUGCAAGACUUCAGGAGAAAUAUUCUUAAUGUCUGCAAAGACUCUGUAGAACUGCGAGAUGCCAGCGGAUCACACAGUCGAGCGCUUUACGUUUAUCCUCCUAACGUAGAGUCCUCACCGGAGCUUCCAAAGCACAUAUAUGGCAAAUUAGACAAAGGUCAAAUCAUCGUGGUUAUCUGGGUGAUCGUCUCUCCCAACAAUGACAAGCAGAAGUACACGCUGAAGAUCAAUCAUGAUUGUGUACCUGAGCAGGUGAUCGCUGAAGCCAUCAGGAAGAAGACCCGGAGCAUGCUGCUGUCAGCCGAGCAGCUGAAGAUGUGCGUACAGGAGUAUCAGGGCAAGUACAUCCUGAAGGUCUGUGGUUGUGACGAGUAUCUUCUGGAAAAGUAUCCCAUCAGUCAGUACAAGUAUAUACGGAGUUGCAUUAUGCUGGGUCGCAUGCCAAACCUCAUGCUUAUGUCCAAGGACAGUCUUUAUACCCAGCUGCCCAUGGACAACUUCACCAUGCCCUCUUAUGCCCGCCGCAUCUCCACCGCCACGCCUUACAUGAAUGGCGAAGCCUCCACCAAAUCUCUCUGGACCAUUAACAGCACUCUAAGGAUACGUGUCCUCUGCGCCACAUACGUUAAUGUGAAUAUUCGGGACAUUGACAAGAUUUAUGUGCGAACAGGGAUCUAUCAUGGAGGAGAACAGCUGUGUGACAAUGUAAACACUCAACGUGUCCCGUGUUCCAACCCAAGAUGGAAUGAGUGGCUGACCUAUGACAUGUACAUUCCUGAUGUCCCACGGGCGGCUCGACUGUGUCUGUCCAUCUGCUCCGUGAAAGGAAGGAAGGGGGCAAAAGAGGAGCACUGUCCAUUGGCCUGGGGAAACGUCAACCUCUUCGACUACACGCACACUUUGGUGGCAGGGAAGAUGGCGCUGAAUCUGUGGCCGGUACCACACGGCCUGGAAGACCUCCUCAACCCGAUUGGUGUCACGGGAUCCAACCCUAACAAGGAAACGCCCUGUCUAGAGCUGGAGUUUGAUUAUUUCAGCUCUCCUGUGAAGUACCCUGACAUGGCCACCAUUGAGGAUCACGCUAACUGGAUAAUAUCCAGGGAGAUGGGAUACAAUUACUGCCAGUCUGGACAGAGCAGCAGACUGGCACGAGAUCACGCCAUGACGGAGACUGAUAUAGAGCAACUUCGGCAGCUGAGCAACAGGGACCCGCUUUCUGAGAUCACAGAGCAGGAGAAAGACUUCCUCUGGAGACACAGGCAGUAUUGUGUAAACAUACCAGAUAUCCUGCCAAAGAUCCUACUGGCGGUGAAGUGGAAUUCCCGCGAUGAAGUCGCACAGAUGUAUUGCCUUCUUAAAGACUGGCCGGCGAUAAAGCCAGAACAAGCCAUGGAGCUGCUGGACUGUAACUAUCCUGAUCCAAUGAUUCGAGACUUUGCAGUUCGGUGUCUUGAGAAGUACCUGACCGAUGAUAAACUCUCUCAGUACCUCAUUCAGUUGGUCCAGGUUUUGAAGUACGAGCAGUAUCUUGAUAAUCCACUGGUGCGAUUUCUGCUGAAAAAAGCUCUUACCAACCAGAGGAUUGGACACUUCUUCUUUUGGCAUUUGAAGUCAGAGAUGCACAAUAAAACGGUGAGUCAGCGGUUCGGUCUGCUGCUCGAGUCGUACUGCCGGGCGUGUGGUAUGUACCUGAAGCACUUGAGCAGACAGGUGGAGGCCAUGGAGAAGCUCAUCAACCUCACAGACAUCCUCAAACAGGAGAAGAAGGAUGAGACUCAGAAGGUGCAAAUGAAGUUCCUGGUGGAGCAGAUGAGGAGACCCGACUACAUGGAUGCCCUCCAAAACUUCACCUCUCCACUCAACCCCGCCCACCAGCUGGGUAACCUGCGACUUGAAGAUUGUAGGAUCAUGUCCUCAGCUAAGAGACCGCUGUGGCUCAACUGGGAAAACCCUGACAUCAUGUCUGAACUUCUCUUCCAGAACAAUGAGAUCAUCUUCAAGAACGGAGAUGACCUGCGGCAGGACAUGCUAACCCUUCAGAUCAUCAGGAUAAUGGAGAACAUUUGGCAAAAUCAGGGGCUGGACCUGAGAAUGCUCCCGUACGGCUGUCUGUCUAUUGGAGACUGUGUGGGUCUCAUAGAGGUGGUGAGAAGUUCUCACACCAUCAUGCAGAUUCAGUGUAAAGGAGGCCUGAAGGGGGCGCUGCAGUUUAACAGUUCAACGCUGCAUCAGUGGCUGAAGGACAAGAACAAGGGCGAGAUGUACGACAUGGCGGUCGACUUAUUCACACGAUCCUGCGCUGGCUAUUGUGUGGCCACCUUUAUUCUGGGCAUCGGUGACCGACACAACAGCAACAUCAUGGUGAAGGACGACGGGCAGCUGUUUCAUAUAGAUUUCGGUCACUUUUUGGACCACAAGAAGAAGAAGUUUGGCUACAAGCGAGAGCGAGUGCCGUUCGUCUUAACUCAAGACUUCUUAAUAGUGAUCAGCAAAGGAGGAACACAAGAGUGCACUAAAACCAGAGAGUUUGAGAGGUUCCAGGAGAUGUGCUACAAAGCUUACUUAGCCAUCAGACAGCACGCCAACCUGUUCAUCAACCUCUUCUCCAUGAUGCUGGGCUCGGGCAUGCCAGAGCUGCAGUCCUUCGAUGACAUCGCUUACAUCCGCAAGACGCUGGCGCUGGACAAAACCGAGCAGGAAGCCCUGGACUAUUUCAUGAAGCAGAUGAAUGAUGCUCACCACGGCGGAUGGACCACCAAGAUGGACUGGAUCUUCCACACCAUACGUCACCACGCCCAAAACUGAGCCGAAGCGGCGGGACACAGGGCCGUAUGAUGGGCCAAAACGAGACCCUUAUUCUAGGGCACGCUGUCUGAUGUAUGCCAUAGGGAAUUACGACACCCACCCAAACCUCAUGUACAAAUGCGUCUGAUCUCCAGCAUUGUCCAUUAUAGUCUCUUUUUCCCCUCGAGCUGCUCUUUUCCUGGAGAGUCAAUUCUUCUUAUUAAUAUUUAUGAUGGGUUUUUUUGUGUGGGGAAAAACAAAUGUUGUUGGAGAAAAGCGUUCUGUACUUUUCAGCAGCUUUUGCGGGAAUGUUCUCGUCUUCCUGUUUAAAACUACAAAUGCCUUCGAAUAUGCACGAAACUCUCCGAGAACACUCUAGAAAACAGGGUAUGGCUUACUGCCUGGCCUUUGUUUUCCAAACCAACACUAAUCCCCUGAAAGGCAAUGGAGGCGUUGCAGCGCGAAACUGAUGGUGCUGAUCUUCGUCAAGACGCUGAAGUGUUUCGUGUUUGUUGAGUUCACUCUGCCGCACAGACACGGAUGAUAAGCUUUCUUCCUUACAUGCACAGCGAGCGGAAACGAUGUGUACCCGAUUAUGCACUGGAUGAAUUUUCUCAUACUCUCACAUAGUAGCACUACACACUUCUCAAGAUGCACAUAACACUCUUAUCUAACGCAGCAGUUCCUCUUGUGCUUGACCGAGAUACACGAUACCUGAUAUAAUGCAGAUAUAUAUGCAACACAAGUCAACGAUGGCACAUGAAAUGAACACAGUUUUUUGCCAUUCUGUCCUACACGACACAAAAACUCAGAUAAAUGGCCUCAAUCCAAAGUGUGCAUUUUGACACAAAGAUGAACUACCACUGUCAUUUGGCCAUAAGGUCUGAAAAUAGUCAAAUAUCCACCCAUGAAUCGACCUGGCCAAUAUAUAAAUGUGCCCGUCCACUAGUUGGGACGUAUUUGAAUAGUUCCUCCCCAUAGAUGAAUGAUGUUUUCCUGUUUCCAGUGUGCAAAUUAGCAGAGGACACUACAGUACAGUGCAGUAUCACUACACAUAGUAUAUGUGCGGACAGUCUGUCCUCCUGAAAGACUUGUCGUGAAGUGAAUAUCUCAGAUGUUGAGAGGGGUUGAGCUAACAAGACCGCACACACACAGUAUAUCAUGUGUAAGUAAUUAGGGCUAAUUUAGGGCUUCAGUGGAAUGAAGUGGCUCUUGCACAAACGGAGCGUUCUCGUUCAACGGAAAUGGCAAAAACAGGAAAACGGCGCCCUCUGUGGUCGGGUUAAGUGCCUUGCUUGGGGCCGACAGUUCCAGCUGCUCCCGCUACGACUACGUCUUCAAUUCCCGAACAAACAAGCACUCCAGCAUCAGCACCAUCUGGCCUGGUGUUUCACGAGAUCCACAUAUUCUCUCUCGUCAUUCAGUCUAAACGCCUGUCGUGUUUCUGCAUUACUUUAAAGCUGUGAAAAUGUACAAAUGAGGUGCAAUCGUGCUAUUUAAAUAGAUAAAUCGCUACUAUUUCUUGCACACCUUUUUAUGUAUGUUGUUUUGUUCUCGUUGCAGCUCAGUAUGACAUUGAUCAUACCCGCAUAACCGCCUGAAACGUAAAUGAUCAUGAACCGUUUUUAUGGAGGAAAGGACACAUGCUCGUCAUGAGGGUUUUUGCUGAAACAAUCUGAAAGACCGAGCUGAAUUUGAGUUUUCUUCUUAAACUCAUCCUUUGAUCAUUUUCUGAACCAGUGUGAAAAUAUCUAAACCUCCUUAAAUCAUCUUCUUGAGAAGCCCAAUUGUGUAAGAUAAGACUUGUUUUCAAGGACUUUUUCUUGCCACAUUAGCAAACCGAGUGAUGUUUAUGCUCGAAACGAGAAAUGCAAUCUGCCACUGGUGUAAGAAAACACAACAAGACUUGUACAAUUUUGCUUCUCAAGUACAUUAAUCUUUUUGUUUACUGGAAGAGUGAUUAAUAAAAUGAUUUUCCGCCUGUGACUUGCUAUUGUAGUUUUCUGCACUUAUGCAUUCAUUUGAUAAACAUCACCUUUUGUAAAAUGCGUUGUAACUCUGCAGUAAACACAUGAACAGAUAUCCACAUGGCCUCAGACUGAUGUAUGCAGGUGUUUCGUGCACUUUGUAUUCCUCCGUUCUUUCUCUCUUUGCCUUCAGUCCUGUGGGACACUUUAAUCUCCUGCAUGUGUUUUAAGCAGCUCUUUUAAUUGCUGUAGAAGUUAGUGACGAUCAGCAGCUUAUGUUCGCUCUCUCCGAAAGCCAUUUAAUGCAUGCUUCUGUUCAAUCUAUGUGUGUCGUUGUCUGUACAGGCUACAGAUCUUGGGCUGGACCCGCUAAAAAAAAAAACAAGCCCAUUCACAAAAGUCUAAUGUGAUCAAAAGCUUUCUAAUUUACCUUUUUUAAAUCAUUUAACAACUCACUUGCAUAAUCUAUUGAGAUGCAGAAGUUCUGGAGUCUUUUGUAUGACAAAGGAAAAAAGAGAAAAACAACACAAUGUUUAAUAAGAUGCAGUUGUACUUGAAUAUCAUUGUUGGGAACCGUGUUUGCGUGUCAAUGUUGCAUCACACUGAAGGUUCACUUGCAUAGGCAAUUUCAUACCGAUGAUGAAUGUUUCAAUGGUUUGCUUAUGAGAAACUCUACUUCACUAAUAAAAAAAAAAAUCAUUUGAAUUUAAAGGAAACCCAAUUGUACACGUGUUUGCUGUUUUAUAAGACUGUCAGGAGGAGUAUAUGGAGGAUAUAAUGAAAGGUCAAAGCGGUUUUCUGUGCUUUUCUGAAAUGGUUGGAGUGGUUACAUUUAUCUCUCUGUAACACUGUUGCAUUUUACUCAUUAUGUGUUGAUGUCAUAGAGAUAUAGUUUUCUUUACUAUCACCAUUAUGAAAUAAUAUAAAACGGGCCAAAUACUUUUCUUUACCUGCUUCCCUGCAUGAGGUUCAAAAGUAAAAUAUACAAUGGAGUAAAAAAAAAAAAAAAAAAAGGAAAACAUCACAAAGUUGCCCAAGUGUUUUUGUUGAUCAUCUGUCAUGUGGGGGAUUUUUGGCCUGUGACUGCAUUCAGCACAAACCAUCUAUUUCUGUUCAUUUUCAUUGUGCACUUCAGUUCAAGAGUCGCUUUGUAUUCAAUCUGUCUUCAAUAUUUUGAGUGUUAUGUGACUAUGUACAAAUAAACGUAUUUCAAAAACA